AGGUCUUCAUUAAACUUUCAUGAUAAACCAAAAAUCGAAAUCGGAAUUAGGGCUCAAAGCUCAAAACACCUUCACCGUUCAUCAUCUCCGGCGACGAUACGCUCUCCGAUUUCCGUUUCUAGGAUAAUUUGGCAUACAAGUGACAAAGUGGUUCAUUUGUUUCUUUCUGAACCUGACUGGGAUUGGGAUGGAGGUGAUGACCAACAAAGAAUAUCUCUUUUGAAUGACCUAGAAUCAAUGAUCCGCUUGUUGAUUACAUCUCAAAGUCGAUCAGAGGCACGGCUUUGGCUUUGCAAAGAUGUUUCAGGGAUAAGUUGUCUAUCUCGCAGGCAAAAGUGUGAGCUGUUUUCAACUUUACUCAGAACCAGCUCACAGAAGAGAGACCUAGCGGCUCAAAUUUUGCAGAUGAUUUUUGAGAAACAGCCGAAAAGAGCAGGGUCUAUUCUAGCCAAAAAAAGCGACAUGCUAGAGGAUUUUUUCAGAGGAAAUACAAGGCGUAUUUUGCUUUGGUUCUCAAAUUUUUCUGGCACUAGUGAUAUGGAGCACAGAAAGGGUGCUAAAGCAUUAUCCCAAUUUGCGUUUAUGAAUCGCGACAUUUGUUGGGACGAACUCGAAUGGAAAGGCAAACACGGACAAUCACCCGCCAUGGUUGCCACAAAGCCUCAUUAUUUUCUUGAUCUUGAUGUCGAACAAACAGUCGAGAAUUUUCUCGAAAACGUGCCUGAAUUUUGGUCAUCUCAUGAGUUUGCCGACACAUUAAAAGACGGUGAUAUCUUGUUUCUGGACAUGAAGUUCUUCGUAAACAUGUUUUUGAGAUUAAUGUACAAAGAAGAUAUGGACGAGAUAUGGAAAAUUGUUCACGAGUUUCUAACGGAAGAAUCUUUCUCAUCGUUAUGUUCACACCUUCUAAUCGCACUUAACGAGAACGAACUGUGUGUUUUUCUAGAUUUGCUUAAAAAUGUUCUUGACCCAAAUACCAAACCUAAAGAUUCCGGUGACACCCGUCACUAUCUGGAGGUCAUACUUCCCAGAUUCAACGGUUUAGAUUCGAAUUCGAUCGAUGAGUUUCUUUUGUUGAAUACGGUUAUAAAUCGAGGGCGUCAGUUAGUGCAGCUUUUACAAGAAGACGAACACCAGGAAGAAAAGACUCAAAUCAAGGAUAUCGUGCAAAAGAUUUGCACUUUACCAGAAAACCCUAAUUGUUUAGUUCCGUUAAUUAAACGCUGCUUCACGAAAAAAAGCGUAAAUUCGAUAAAAUUACUCGGGUUGCAGUCUUGGGCUCUUCAUUACUUCAUGUCAGAGGGAUAUCGGGCUUCUGAAGAGUGGGAAUCUUUAUUUAACAGAAAUGGAGUACGUUUUCGCCAUGCUGGCAAGCAUGAAUUGUUGCAUGAUAAGAUGUUAACAGAUGAGAGUGACUCCGAUUCAAGAAGAAAAAAGAAACGGAAACAUAGAAAGAAAAGAAGGAGAACGACGCGCAAUGACGGCUAUGAUGAUGAUUUUGUGGAUUUUGAUUUUGAGUAUAACAGGAUGUAUUUUCAAUCUAAGGGCAGUUGUUGGUUGUUAUCUACUGAUGGAUAUUCUACUUCAUGGAGCAGUGCUGAUUUACCAGAACACUUGUCAAAGCAUUGUUUUUCCACUUGGAUGAAGUGGGGUUUCUAUAGAUGGGGAGAUUCGGCUUCAUAAUAUCAUAGUGGAUUCAUCAUGUUGUUGUAUUCAAGGGUUUGUUAAUCUUGAGCCUUGCUACAAAUUGGUCAAGUGAAGCUGCUACUUCCAUGGGAUAGGUAACAUGCAAUCAUCAUGAUGCUAUGACCAUGUACGGAUCCAUUAUGCGUGAGGAGGUCAAAAUGUACGCCAAGGGGACAGAAACGGAAUUAGAUAAGGCAUUUGAUGGGAUUCCGUAAUCUGUUAGGUAUGGAACUGAAUUCCUGUGGAUUCCUUUUGAGUUUCUUUAAACACAAGGAAAUUUGGUAUUCGCAAAAUGCCUUUAUAUUGCUAUAUAAAAAGAUGUAUCAAAGACAAUUUAAAGACAAAAACGGAAUUGUCUUUGAUAACAUAUGUCCCAUCUUUUUAGAAUCAGUUCUGCACAUUGAACCCUUUUUUUUUAUCAUAUACUAGUUUAUUAAAAUUACUAAUGUAAAGUUAAAUCCGUUAGGGUUA